AUGGCCGAAGUAUCUGAAGUAUCACCAGUUACCUACGAGGAGCUCUCCGCGAUCGAGGAUGAGUUCGAUCAGGUCGACAGCGAGAUCAUGCGCCAGCAAUAUGAGCUGAGCAAGGGCGCCUACGCAAAGCGCGCCGAAGCGAUUGCAAAGAUCCCAAACUUCUGGCCUCUCGUCCUCGAACAAGCACCGCCAGAAAUCGACGGCUACAUCCAUCCCGAAGACUCGCGCAUUCUCGGCGAAUCCUUGCUCAGCCUUGAAGUCACACGCCCAGAACUCGACAUUGAACCUCAGGGCUCGCCGCGCAGCAUCAGUAUCAAAUUCCACUUCAAAGAGAACGAUCGCUUCUCGGACGAAGUUCUCGAGAAGAAGUUCUUCUACCGUCGAGCUAGCGAUGGAUGGGUGGGACUCGUUUCUGAGCCCGUCAAGAUAAAUUGGAAAAAGGGGAAGGACCUUACGGAAGGUCUUACAGAUGGAGCGUAUGCGCUGUUCGAGGCACGGAAGAAGACGGGCGAUAUGCUCGCAAAGGGUGUACCGGAAUAUGCUGCGCUGAAAAAGAAAGUGGAGCACUGGAACGGGGGCAACACCAGUUUCUUCACGUGGUUCGGAUGGGAACACCAGGCUCGGAGGGAAGCGCGGAAGAAGGGAGAGAAGGUGGAGCUACGUCUUCCAGAGCCGGAGGAUGAGGAGAAGGAUGAUGAUGACUCGGAUGUUGAGGUGCAUGAGAAUGGCGAUGACUUGGCGGUGAGUUUCGCCGAAGAUAUCUGGCCCAAUGCAAUCAAGUUCUUCACACAAGCGCAAGAGAUGGGCGAGCUCUCGGACGCGGAUUUCGAGGACGAUGAUAUGGAGGAAGUGGAGGCUAUCGAUAUCAGAGCACUCGUCGAUGCUGAAAAGCGUAAACGACUGAGUGAUGGCCCACCAGCCAAGAAGCAGAAGAAAUAG